AUGAUUGAAGCAAAUGAGCCUCCAUUAGGGCAAGAUCAUGAUUUAGAAGGAGAUGCUGAUACCAGCUCUCUGCAAGCAGUGGUAUCUAAUGAUAAUAUGAGUAACAACAAUGAGCAGGAUGGUCAAGAGAUAUUGGAUGAUCCAAACGUUACUAAUCCUGUACUCGAUGAGUAUCAGCAAGCGUGCCAAUCUGGUGAUAUCGUUACAGUGAAGAGGCUUAUCGAAUCUGGAGCAAUUGAUAUCCAUCAGGAUUUUGAUCCAGUCGAGAAAGUAUCAGGUCUACAUUGGGCGGCUAUUAACAAUCGAUUAUCUAUUGUUAAAUAUUUGGUGACUCAAGGCGCUGAAGUUAAUUGUCAAGCUGAAAAAUUACAUUCUACUCCUUUACAUUGGGCUGCUCGUUAUGGGUACGUCUAUAUUGUGGAUUAUUUGAUAACUUUUGGAGCAGAUAUCAGUUUGGCGGAUGAUCAAGGGUUUAAUUUAUUACAUCUUGCCGUCAAUAGUUCAAAUAUCAUGCUUGUUACUUACGUAUUAUUUUUUGUUGUGAAUAAAGGUUUAUUGGACAUUAAUAUACAAGAUCCUAAUGGUAGAACUGCCCUUUUAUGGGCAAGUUAUCAAGGUGAUUCUUUAACCGUCGCACUAUUAUUAAAAUUUGGAGCUAAUAUUAAUUUACAAGACACUGGUGGUUUUACUGCGUUACAUUGGGGUGUAGUUAAGGGUCAAUUACAUGUUAUUAGGUACUUAAUUAGAGCUGGUGGUGAUUUUUUCCAAAAGACUAAUGAUGGUAAAGAUUGUUUUAUCAUUUCUAAUGAAUUAAAUACUAGUUAUUCAUUGAAACGAGCUUUAAAAUCUUGUGGUUUCAAGGAUAAUGGUUAUCCAACAUUUAAAUUAUUUUCAGAUCCUUCCUAUGCUAAAUUUACAAUUUUUAUUACACCUUUAUUAUUAAUUGGGAUUAUUAGUAAUCUGUUUUGUGUUACAAAUCCUAUUGUUUGGUUGUUAGUUUCAAUGAUACUUGGAUUUUCAAUUAAUCAAAUUUUCGAAAGAUUUAUUCUUUCAUCAUUUAUUGAUUCAUCGUCUGAUGUAUUAGAUCCAUUGGUUGAAUAUAACAUUGCAAGAUCCCCCUUAAUGGCAGGUAUAUUUUUUGGUAGUUUAUUUUGGGUUUCGAUUGUAUCAAUAUUUUUAAUUAUACCAAAUACGUUAAAAUUCGGUUCAUAUGUCAGUUGUUUAUUAAUUUUAAUUAUUUUGAUAAUCUCUUACAUUACAUUUUUCAAAUUAAUUAAUAGCGAUCCAGGAGUUAAACCAUCUAUAAGAGAUCAACCAGAAACCAUUAGAGAUACUAUCCUUGAAUUGAUGAAAGUAGGUCAGUUUGAUACAGAACAUUUUUGUAUAGAGACCUGGGUUCGUAAACCGUUAAGAAGUAAAUAUUCUAAAUUUUCCAAAGGAUUAGUUUCAAGGUUUGAUCAUUUCUGUCCAUGGGUUUAUAAUGAUAUUGGAUUACAUAAUCAUAAAUUGUUUAUGUUUUUCAUAAUUGCAGUAGAAUUUGGUAUUAUAAUAUUCGCAUAUUUAAUUUUUCAAAAUUUUAAAAUGGUUAAAAGUAAUAUUAUUGAAAAAUUCAAAAAUUCAUCAGAUAAUUCUUUAAAUGAGAAAUGUUUUAUCAUUGGAGAAAAUUCAUUAUGUUAUGGAUAUCAUUAUGAUAAAUUUUCAUUUAUUAUAUUAAUAUGGUCACUAUUACAAGGUUCAUGGAUUUUAUUUUUAUUAAUUAUGCAAAGUUUCCAAGUGACAAAGGGUGUCACAAGUUAUGAAUUUACGCGAUUUGCGCGAAUGGCAAAACAUUCGAUGGGUCCUAGUACACAUAAUCAUGAUGUAGAGACUGGAAGAGGACUUGAUGAAACAUUUAAUACUACCCCUGACGAUAUGAAAUCUCAAGAUUCAAAUAUUGAAACCAUCGAGGAAGAAGAUGUUAGUAAUAAUGAUUUACGUAUGCUGAAUUCUAAUAAUAAUAAAUCAAUAUUUGGAUUAUGUUAUAAAUUAUUUGGAUUAACACAAAUUUGUCGAGUCAUGAAAGAAACUUUAGGUUAUGAUCCAAAUGUUUCAAAUUAUAAUUUUAAUUUUAAAAAUGCACGUCGUAUUCAAAUUCCAACAAAUUAUGGUAUGAGACAAAAUAUUAUAGAUUUUUGGUUAACAAGUGAUAAAGGUGCACCAAUAUGGGAACGUUUAUUUUAUUCACCAACGGGUUCACAUGCAUUAUUAAACGGUAAAGAUGUUGAUUAUUUUACAUUAUAUGAAUUACCUUCAAAAGAGACAAGAGUUUGA